UUAAACUAGCUUCCGUUAGCUAUUCGUCAGGGUACGUUGUGGUGUGAGGUAAGAUGUCGAGUUUAUUCUUAGUCUGAUUAAAUACUACAGUGAACCCCCUCUUCGCCACAUCACGGUUGAUGUUUAUGGAUUACCAGAAGUUGACUUUUCACUAAACGGACUUACAGGUAACGUUACGAAAAUGCCAUUACAUGGGAAAAUAGUCGUGAUAAAGAGGAGUGGAGGAGAUGGGACCGAGUUCCCUCUAACUGCAACAUGCUUAUUUGGAAGGAAGCCUGACUGUGACAUUCGUAUUCAGCUUCCUCAAGUCUCCAAGGAGCAUUGCAGGAUUGACUUAAAUGAAAAUAAAGAGAUAAUUUUGACUAAUCUCAGCUCAGUGAAUCCAACUCGUGUCAACGGGGAGGCUUUGCAGCAAUCAGAGCGUUUGAAACAUGGAGAUGUCAUAACUAUAAUUGACCGUUCUUUCAGGUUUGAGUACCCUCCAGCACCCACACCAAAGAAGAGGUCCUCUGUAGGGGGCAAAACUGAGACCUUAAAAGUUCUUCAAGAUCAGCAAGUGGGAGACUCUGUCCCCUCUGAAAUAGGAGAGAAGAGGAUCUCUCAAGUGUCCACAGACCCUCACCUAAAAGAUGGAACUAACCACGACAACAUCCAGCGAUCCCUGGAGAAAACUGUGGAGAUGGAGACCAAGGAGGAGGGGAGCCAGCUGCAAAGCAAAACCGCCUCCCCCUUCAACGACCUGUAUCAGAUGAUCAAAAAAUCUCUGGAUGUCAAGACCCCUCGGAAAUCAUCCGCCAGUCUGCUUCAAACACCAACCUCGAGGUUUUGCACUCCAAAGCCUACUCCCGCCAGGAAAAGUGGUGGAAAACCUGCCCUCUCCACCGAAGACAAGAUCACUCCUAAAAAGGAUGAAGCUGAAGUCGAGAUGGAGACUGAAAAAAGAAGCAUUGAGACCCCGAAGUCUGUUAAGAAGCAACGGCGGUCCUCCCAGACUGCAACAGAGACACCAGGAGCUGAACCUGUAAAUUCUGCCAACUCUGAAACACCUUCACCUCAGAAGAGAAUCCGUACACCUCCCCAGAGGUUUACCGCAGGUGAAGUUGUCGAACAAAUCUGCGCUGGUUCUCCCAAGUCCCCCACGAGAAGGAAGAGCAAGGAGGCAACACCAGUCAAACCAGCAGGAAUAAAAGAAGAAGCAAAGCAAGAGGCGACUUCUCCCAAAGCAGAAGAAAAAAGAAGGGCGUCGCCAAGAAACUCUGGGAAAGUUGAAAAGGAUAAAGAGGCGUCCAAGAAACGCAAAAGUGGAGAACUUGGCAGUGACUUGCCAAAGUCCCAAAUGAAGAAGAAAAGGGUUUCCUUUGGAGGUCAAUUGAGUCCGGAGUUAUUCGACAAACGACUUCCUCCUGACUCUCCGUUACGCAAAGGAGCUGCUCCUCGAAGAAGCUUGUCUCUAUUAAAGCCUAAAUUGUCACUCCUUAGAAGAGCAUCGGUUAUUGGAUUGCUAAAGGAACAAGAAAGUCCUGGAAAAAAGAAGACUCCUUCACCCAAGAGGGCCUCAAGUGCCAAGAGUGCAUCUCCUAAAACUCCUACGCCUACAAAGAAGUCUCCCAAAUCAAAGUCCCCAUCUCCCAAGGCAGCAACGCCUGCAACAAAGUCUCCAAAAUCCAAGUCUCCGUCUACCAACAAAAUGGAAACUCCGAAGAGCACCCGACUGACCCCCGCAGUGCAGGGGCGCUUCUCUGUGUCACGCAUCAGCACACCAUCUCCAGUAGCAGAAGAAGCUGUUACUCCUAAACUACCAGGGGGGAGGAAGAGCAUCGUGCGCAUGACGCCGAAAGUGACGAAGAGUGCUGUAAAAGUAAUGGUCAGAAGAAGUGGCAUUUCACGGGCAUCUAUGAAGGCCAAAAACUCCUGGGCUGACAUGGUGAAAUUUGGACAACCUAAGACUCAGGUGGCAGCUCCCGUCACAAAAGCAGUCAUCAGGAAAACAAAGAAGAAGGCAGCUGUGCCCAAACCACAGACCCCUGCAAGAGCAAUCCCUGGCCACUUCAGCACUGGCCACGCUUGUUCCCCUGUUACCAUUGUCGUUAGCAGAGCCCAGAAACAGAAGUUGGUACAACCAACUGGUGCCGCACCACGCCUGGUCACCAACAUCGCUCUCCUGAAAAAGAACAUGAAAAUGGACGAGGACUUGACCGGGGUUUCCGAGAUGUUUAAAACUCCUGCAAAUGAAAGGAAGACGAGGUCUGUUAUUGAUGAAAGCAGCACCAUGAAGACACCAAUGGCAGGUCUGGAAACGCCUUUGGUUGAACCAUCUGUGCUCAACACCCCGGAGGAGACAGGCGAGAUGAUGGUAUCUCCACUCAGUGUUUCCGUCAAAGACAGAGAGUACAACAGUGAGGCAGUCCAGCGCCUCCUGGUUGGAGAUCAAGACUCAAGCUUUGUCUCAGACGUUCCUGCCUCAGAGACUUCGUCUGAGGAUCCCGUUGAACAGCAGUGCACAGAUGUAAAGACCGCCUCCGUAUCAACUUCUAAACAGAAGCCCGAAUUACCGGACUGUCUUACUGGAGUGAAGCGAGUUAUGAAGACGCCAAAACAGAAGGCAGAACCUGUAGAAGACCUUAGAGGGAGACUUCUGAAAACUCCCAAACAGAAGCUGGAACAGCAAGAGUGUCUCACCGGAGUGAAGAGGAUCAUGAGGACCCCAAAACAGAAAGCAAAGCCCAUUGAGGACCUGAGAGGGAAAAUUCUGAAAACUCCAAAGCAGAAACCGGAGCAACAAGAGUGCCUCAGCGGAGUGAAGAGAAUCAUGCAAACCCCACAACAGGAGGUGGCACCUCUUGAAGACAUCAAGAUACAACUUCUGGAGACUCCCAAACAGCAGCCUGAACAGCUUGAGUGCAUGACUGAAGUUAAAGACAUCAUGCAGACCCCAAAACAGGAGGUGGAACCUCUUGAAGAUGUUAAAGGAAAACUUCUGGAGACUCCCAAAGCUCCAGAGGCCAGGGAUGCUGGUAUGGAGACACCAGUACACAUGCAAGAAUCUGAGGCUGUCUCUGAAGUGUCAGAAAUGAAAACUCCAAACACGAAGAGCUCCCCACUAGUCUGUCUCACUGGUAUCAAGAGAAUCAUGAAGACGCCCAAGGAGAAGAGUGUAUCUGUGGAGGACAACUUUGGUAUCCAAACACUCAUGAAAACACCCAGACUGAAGGGCAACACACAAGUGGAAGACUUUGAGGGACUUCAGGAGCACAUGGAGGAGCCAACGAGUCAACCCACUGGACAACAGGAGACAGAGGAGAUUGAAGCCCAAAAAGACUCUGACUGUGAUGCAGAAGAUGCAAAAGAACUGGACUUUGCUCUGGAGGAGCCACAAGACAAUGUGCCAUCUGUGACUGAUGAUGUUCCCCAAGUUGACCUGGAAGAAGAAGUAGAUGUAAAAGAAGCUUUCACUGAAGACCACUUUGAGGAGGUGCCAAGAGAUGAUCAUGAGAAAACAUCAGAGGCCAUGGAAACUGUCUGUCAAGAAGCUGCUGACGAGAUCAAGCCCGAGGAGCAGGAUGCAGUCGAUGAGAAUUUGUCUGAUGAACAACCCCAACUGGAGACGGCAACUGGCAAUGUCAUGGAAACAGAAACAUCCGAAACCGAUCCUAAACCCCAAACACCUGUAACAGCGAUGUUACCAGAGGUGGAGGAAGCAGCUGUGACCGUCACAGAAAUAGAACCAACAACCUCAGAUCCUGAAGCCCAAACACCUGUAACAGAGAUGUUACCAGAGGUGGAGGAAGCAGCUGUGACCGUCACAGAAAUAGAACCAACAACCUCAGAUCCUGAAGCCCAAACACCUGUAACAGAGAUGUUACCAGAGGUGGAGGAAGCAACUUCCAACGUCACAGAAAUGGAAACAACCGCCUCAGAUCCGGACCUUGGGAAGAAACCUGUUAGAGGCAGAAAGGCCAAAACAGUGGAAACCAAAGCAGCGGAGGAAAAUCAAGAGACAGCAGAACAACCUGAAGAGCUCGCUGUCCCCGCUUCAGUCAGAGGAAGAAGAGGGAAUAAAACUGAAGCUACUGCAGCCCCUGCUGUUAGACAGACAACAAGAGGCAGAAACACAAAGAUCACUGAGAGCAAGGGUGUUGAGCCCGCGGCAGAGAUCAGCGAGUCUCUGCCUUCUGAAGUCGCUGUUAAGCCUAAAAGAGGAAGAAAUGCCAAAAAGGCUCCUGAAGAUAAAGCUGUAACUGAAUCUUCCACCACAACUAUGCCAGAACCAGAGAGCCAACUGAGUCUCCCAGCAGAAGUUGACCAGGAAGCAAAUGUCACUGAAGUUCCUGUGGAGGAGGCUGUGAUGAAGCCCAAAUGUGGGAGAAGAGCUAAACAACCUGAAGAAGCAGCUCCACAGCAGAAAGAUGUUGAAGUUCCCACAGCUGAUGUAGCAAAUGAAGCAGAUACCAAUGAAGUCUGCAGUGAGAUGCCUGAGGUGGUGCCAAGCAAAAGUGUUGAGAAUGAAUCUACAAUUCUCAUUGAAGCUGCUCCAGCGGCUCCUGUUUCUGAGAGUUUACCCGUAGUGGAGGCAGAAACUGAUGCAGCUACCGUUCAGAAGAAGCCUGUUCGAGGCCGAAGGGCAAAAACAGUGGAAUCCAAAGUUGAGGAAAAACAAGAAGCAGAAACAGAACACCACGAAGAGCCUGCUGUCCCUGCUCCAGUCAGAGGAAGAAGAGGGAAGAAAACUGAAACUGCUGCACUAGCUGCUGUUAGGCAAAAAACAAGAGGCAGAAACACAAAAUCUCAGGAAAACACCUCUGAUGAGCAACCUGAAGUGAUGCCAGAGAACACUGUGGAAUCAACCCAGAUAAGCAAGCAGUCCUCUGAAGUGUUGACUGAGCAGACUUCUCAAAUUAAUACCCAUGAAGAGGAUAAAGAUUCUGAACCCCCUGCAGAGGAAGCUGCUGUUAAACCAGUCAGAGGGAGGAAAACUAGACAAACUCCUGUUGAGCAGCAAGGGCCCAAGAAACACGAAGUAUCUAAUGACGAGGAGCCAACAGCAGAGGCUGAACCUCAAAAGUCCAUUCCUAGUGUUGUAAAACCCAAGAGAGGGAGGAAGACCAAAGCAGAUACAGUUGAACAAAAUGAGGAGGCAGAAGAAUCAGUCGUCACUGUGGAGACCAAACAGCCAGCUCAACCUGCAGCCCGGGCUAAGAGGGGAAGAAACACCAAGAAGGAAGAAGAAAAGCAAGAGAGCACUGAGACUUCUGAGUCCACAGAGCCCGCUAAAAAAGUUAGGAGAACCAGGAAGGCAGAGCAACAUCAUGAAGAAGUUGAAACAGUUGUACCAGAUGAAGCUCCACUUGUUGAGGAAGAAGUGACGAUGGAGGAACAGGAAUCAGUUGCUACAAAACCCAAGAGAGGAGGGCGCAAAACCACACAAGAUACAAAGAGUGAAUCAACCGAGGUCCCUGCUGUCAGCACAACAGACAAACCUAAACGGGGCAGGAGAGGGAAACAAGUAACUGAAGAGGCUGUAGUUGCUGCUGUAGCUGAGGAGGAACCAGAGGCAGAGGAGGAGGUCGAUGCUGAGCCAGAAGCCCAGGCCGAUAAACCAAGCCGGGGAAGGCAAACCAAAACUUCAGUGAAAAAAGAGGUUUCAAAAGCCAUUCCACCAAAGAGAGCUAGACGAGGUGCAGCUGCCCCCCUUGAGGAGACCAACACUAUGACAUCCAGCUUGACAGAGUCUGCAGCUAUUUCAGUGGAGCCAGCCAAAAGGGGGAGACGAGGAGCAGCAAAGCCCACAGAUGAUUCCAAGGUGACUGUGGAGCAGGCACCUCCUGAGGAAGAAUCGAGUAGCGCUGUUGUAGAAGAGCCCAAAGGCUCCAAAAGAUCUGUGAAGUGGAAACCAGACUUGGAGGUCAUUGAGAUAACAAAAGUAACACCUAUUAAGGCAGUGCGGGGUAGGAAACCAAAACUCGCUGACCAAGUUGAGGCAGGAAAGAAAAAUAUGUCAAAAGAUGCCAACAGUGCUGAAGAGAAGGAUCUCUCAGAUGCAGCAGUCGAAGCUCAGCCCGCCAAGAGAGCCAGGCGAGGGGCAAAGGUCGUCAACGUAACCUCGGAUGAAGCUGAGUCCACAAGCAAGGAGGAGAGCGUUGAAGCUGAGACUCAGACAAAAACCCGCAGAGGAAGAUCAGCAAAGAAAUAAAAAGCCUAUGUUUAUAGUCUUAAUCUUAAUGACUUUUUUUUCCAUUUUAACAUCUUUUUGUACUUGUGAGGUUUUACAUUGUAUGGCAUUUUAUUGAGUAGAUUCAUAGACUAAAGAUUAAGCACUGCUUUAUUUCUUCUUUUUUUUCAUUACCCAGGGAAUCUUGUUUUAAACAUUUACGUUGUGACAAGUUGUAUGUUUUCGUUUCUUCAAUGCUUUACAGAUAUUUUUAUGGUUAAAAAAUGGUUAUUAAAUUUUUUGUACUAUGGAAAA